AUGGCGCCGCCGCCUAAGCCGCCGCCGCUGCCGCCGCCUGGUUACUUCGACCAGCACGCCAAGGCCGUCGCCGCCGCCGAGGCCUCGGCCUCUUCUACCCCUCCCAUGGCUACUCCUCUCUCCUACGCAGACACCAUAGCCGAUGUCACCCCCUUCAUACGAGAUCUUGCCCAACACAACUACUACCAUUGGCGCCACCUCUUUGAGGUUCACCUCGGGCGCUGCAACCUCCGUCACCACAUCGCCGCCGACGCCGCCCCUCGUCCUGACGACGCUCGCUGGAUCACAGAUGAUCUCGCCAUCAUCCAAUGGAUCUACACACGCGUGUCCACGGAGAUUUUCAAUCUCGUUUUCCGUGAGGCCGCCACCGCCGCCACCCUCUGGGCGUCCCUGCGCCAGCUCUUCCAGGACAACGCUGACGCCCGGAUCAACAACCUCCACUCCGCGAUCCGCAACACCCCUCAGGGGGACUCCUCGCUCAGCGUCUACUGUCAGCGCAUCCAGACGAUGGCGGAUGAGCUUCGCGAACUAGGCGAUCCUAUGCCUGAUCGCCAGCUUAUCAACAUCCUUCUCCAAGGGCUCAGCGACCGGUUCAAGCCUCAAGCGGCCAUGAUUCCCUUCAUGCAGCCUCGCCCUUCCUUCAAGGAGAUCCGGUCCCUGCUGCAGAACGCCGAUGAUGACCUCACACGGCGGGAGGCGCGGCCUCACGUCUUCGCCGCCUCCACCCGGUCGCCCCUGCUGCCUACUCCUGCACCGGCAGGCCCGACGAGCCAGCCCACUGCCGCGGCAGGACCCCCGGUACCGUUUCCAGCCUCGGCCGGGCAGCCUCCUCCUGGCUGGCGUCCCAGCCCCAACUACAAGGGCAAGAAUCCGAUGUACUGGCCGCCGCGAUCUGCCACUCCACCAGCCACCUCGACGCCCGCGCCAGCGCCUGCCGCUCCUCCCGCUUGGUGCCCGCCACCGGCGGUACCGACGCCUGCGCCAGCACCUGCCGCGCCGCCUACCUGGCACCCUCCUCAUGAUCCCUGGACCGGCAUGGUUCAGGCUUGGUCCAUGCCCUGGGCGGCCCCCUCUCCGAUCGGCGCUCCUCCAGCUUACACGGGUGCCUGGGCGCCGGGUCUUCGCCCCCACACUGGUUCCCCUGGACUCCUCGGCCAGCGCGCCCCGCCGAACGCCUACCACGCCGCCCCGGCCUACUACGACGGGGGGGAUGCCAUACAUGCCAUAUCAGCACCCCCAGAUGUUUCAGCCUUCGCCUGUCCUCAUGCCGCCUGCUCCACCUGCCCCGCUGCAUCAACCGACCUCCGCUCCUUCACCGAGCUGGGACCAAUCUGCGUUCUUGCAGGCCAUGAACAACUUCGCUGCCCAGGGAAACUCAGGUAUGGACUGGAUUUUCGAUUCCGGUGCUUCUAG